AUGACCCUUAAUAUUGGCCGUAUCUCUCCAUCAUCUCCCCCGUCCCCGCCACUGAGCUUAUCAACAACAUCGACGCUUAUCUCAACUCCCCCGGCGAAGUUGCUGGGCGGGGCGCGUCGUACCGCACUCUUGAAGUCCCUGGAUAGCAGCGACAGGGGCAUGAUGAAACCACGUGGAAAUCUCGAGCCCCACAUCACUAACAUACCCCGACGGAGGAAGAAGGAUGUGAACGCAGACAAAGCCCAGGAAACUCUGCAGACACUUCCAGAGGCUGUGGUUCCAAACUUUCCAUCUCGCCCAGAAAUAACGGUGCAGCCGCCAGAGUCGGAAGCCAGGCAAGACGAAGCUCAGCAGAACACGGUGACCGCCCCUUUGGGUUUACAGCGGGAUCCACUUCGCCAGGCUGACACGGCCCAAGCACUCACGAAUCUCCCUCGCCGCCGCAGAAAGGCCCUCACCUCAGAACAGCUUACCAUACAGCGCGCAUUCCGACGGUGUCUGCAAGAGGUCGGUGACGAUUCCGGGGUGUUUGUGGCGUUCACCGAGGUAGACGAUGAGGAAGAGCAAGCUACGAGGAAACUGCGCCUGCUGGGCGGGGAGGAUUUUUCAUACGUCGUCAAGGUAUGCACAGCCAACGAAACCAAGAUAUGGAAGGAGGACGAGCGGACACUUUGGUUGUAUGUUCCAUCUGAUAUAUGCUAUGACGACGGCAACGCGCACCUCGAUGAACAGCAGUUGAGGGUUGCAUGCAGGUUUCUGGGCCUACAGGGGAGCAAAGAGAAGGUGUUGAUCACCACGCCCCGGGAUCGGGCUGCAGACGGGAUGUCGCUCGCCGUCCUUUAUCUUGCUAUCAGCAGGCGCUUCGUCCCGCCGCCGAUCGCCUUCUUAGAGCCCACCGCCUCCUCGACGAUAGGCCCCCACCCAUCAUACAUGCUCUCGCGCACGUCUUCGACCUCAUCUACCAUCUCCCACUACUCCGAAGCGGGCAGCCAAAUACAUUCUUUACUCGUCUAUCUGCACGAUCAGAGUUGUGAUGAUAUAGAGGAAGCGUAUGGUCAUAUUCUGCACGCAGUAGGCCGGAGCCGCUCAGGACGCAGUGGCUUAACAGGAUGGAAAAUAGGAAGCGGGUUGAGGAUUGAAUGGCGAGGUACGCUGUCCCGAGAGGGCAUAGAUUUCUUGGACGAUGUGCUACAUGUGCUCCUCAGCGAGCAACAAGCCAUUUAG